AUGACAUCCGUUGUAGUUGGAGGAUUAUUUAAUGCCGUGGCCUUUGCCGGAGCCGGAUUUCUUUUCUCGAAAUUAAAUGGACAAGGAUACAAGGAAGAAGUGAAAAGACAUAACCAAGCAUUGGAAAAACUUGCGAAAACAAAAGAAAAAUUUUAUGAAUCCGAAGUAAAGCGUAGGAAUGAUGAAGCCCGACAUCGAGCCGAGAUCCUGGAUGCUAACAAGGACAUUGAGGAAACAAACAGAGCGCUGGAAGAUUUAAGAAAUUUUAUGAGACUCAUGGACGACUCGACAUCGCAACGGAAACCAAAAUUGGAAGAUUAUUAUCAAGCGUAUGACGGAAUAAAAACGUAUGCGAUGAUGACAAAGGGUGUUUUGGGAGUUGGUAGCGCCUACGGACUGACACGAAUACUUUAA